UUAUUCAAUCCCAAGUGGUAUAAAGGACCAAAAAACAAUCCUGGCAGGGACUUAUAGCUUCACACCUGAUGAGGUGGAGGUUUUCUAUCUUGGUUGAAUCAACACUGCUAUAUCAUAAUUCCACCACAAAUCCCGGUUGUUCUCAUUUGAAAGCAAGCUUAAUCAAGUUCUCGCGCACGACAUUUCCUAGAAUUGAUAAUCGUUGAACAGAAAUGGACGUACACGUAGAUGAAACAAAAGUGAGUCAUUCAAAGAAAUGCAAUAAUCUUCACAAGGCUUCCUUGGUGUUGUCAGUUCUUGCAAUUCUCCUAACAAUUGCGCUGUUCCUAAGAAUGGAGAUCAGCACGCAAAUGUUGGAAGUUAAGGUCACCCUUGAAAUCCAAGAGAUCAAGGAAACUCUGAAAUCGGUAAAAGAUGCUCGCUUCCCCAACCGUGUAAACGACCAUCUUGAUGUUUCAAGUGUCAUCAAGUACAGCAGUAAAAUUGUCCGCCGAAGUUUAAGUGCCCAGCGCAACGUUUCUGGCGAUUCAGAAGAAGCUGAUACUGCAAUAAAAAAGUACAUGGCCUCUCUUAUCACUGAAUCUAUCGAGUCUUAUUGUCAACCCACGAAGAAAUUGUGUAUGGCAGGUCCCCCUGGACCAGAGGGAAUUCCAGGAAAGGACGGUAUAGAAGGUCCAGAGGGCCGCCCUGGAAAACCUGGAUUGCGAGGAGACCCUGGGGUAGAUGGAAUAAAGGGAGAUGCAGGAAACCCAGGAAUUAAAGGCCAAAAAGGAGACACAGGCUAUCCUGGAAAUCCAGGACCUAAAGGUGAACCAGGGGAGUCUAUUUUUGCUCCAGAUAUAAAUGUAUCUCCUGCGUCGCUCACAGUCACAGAGAAACAGACCGCCACGUUUAACUGCUCAGCUGAUGGUAAUCCAAAACCCAGAGUAACUUGGAGUAAAGUUAAUAAAACGGGAAUGGAGAAUUUGGACAGCCACGGCAAUGAACUUCAGAUCAGGAAUGUUGAGUAUAAUGACUCGGGGAGUUACGUUUGCAUGGCUGAAAAUGUAUUAGGAAAAGUGCAGAAAGAAGUAACGCUUUUUGUGGAAGUGCCUCCGGAGUUCACAAAGAGACCGGAUCGAUUUCUAAGAGUAAUGGGAAAGUCGGACACCUCAAUCCCUUGCCGAGCAUUUGGCUUUCCUCCACCGACAAUUGUCUGGUCAAGAGGCCUAUUAUCUUUACCAAAAGGCCGAACUUCUGUUACAAAACACAACUUGACCAUCUCCAACUUCAGUCCUGAAGAUGCAGGUGUUUAUCAGUGCAAAGCCGGCAACAAACUUGGCACUAUUAGUGCGUUGACAACCUUGAAUUACGUCUCACCAGAGUCCUGGAUGAAUUCAGCAAUAAUAGGGGGGAACGCACUUUAUCAGACUCAACUUCACGAGUUCCUGACGCCCGCAGUCGGAAGUCAUCCGCAGUGGCUGCUGUGUUUCCGCGCUUGUACUCACGGCUGGGCGGCCAGUACCUUCCACAGCAGAUGUGAUGGGAAGCGGAACACGGUCACUAUCAUAAAAGUGGGACAGUACGUGUUUGGAGGAUACACGGACAUUCCCUGGGAUUCUAGGAGUGGAUAUGGUUAUACUUCCAAAGCUUUCAUAUUCUCUCUUCGCAAUUCAAGAGGACUGAAACCAUUCAAAAGCAUGGUGAAACAGCCACAAUAUGCCAUUUACAAGAAGUCCAGCUAUGGUCCAACAUUUGGCUUCAACCAUGAGCUCUACAUUGCUGACAAUGCCAACGUCGGUACAUCAUCACACACAAAAUCUCAUCGAUACAGCUCCUACUCAUCCUUUCCGGAAAUCCUUACAUCUGUUUCAAAAGAGAUGGUCUCAAAGAUGGAGUCCAAAGCGAAUAAUAAUUCGCAUGUUUUCCUGUUUUGCUUCUCAUUCAACUUAAUUAUCACGCUGGGCUCACUUGGUUUCACUUGUUAUUCUCUGCAACGAUUAGAUUCGCGUUUGAUGGCAGUUGAACAAAAUUUACGGAUGCCAAAUCCUUCGUCUGAGCUUGGAAAUCGCGUAAAUUCUCUGCCUACAAUUACUCAUCCUCGUCCAAGCGGAGCACAAAUGGAGGAAAUUGUUCGCGUGAGAAGAGCUUCAGAUAGAUCAUCCUUGUGCCGCAAAUGUAUUAACGCCUGUGCCAAGUCGAAUGGAAAUCGAAGCAACUCGACAGAGGGAAACAUCAUUUGCGUUAAGGGUCGUGUUGGACCAAAAGGCCCACCAGGUCCCCCGGGUUUACCAGGAUCGGCUGGGCCCCAGGGUCCUCCCGGCCUAGCUGGAAAAAGAGGAAAAAAGGGAGCAAAGGGAGCAAAGGGGCGACCAGGAUCUCCAGGAAAAAAAGGCAGCAGGGGAUUACCAGGCCCCCCUGGGAUAUCAGCCCAAACGAAGACAGAUAGUCGUGGAGGAAGCCAGUUAAAACUGCCACUCUUCAUUGAAAAGCCUCCGUCUUCCCUGAUAGUUCGAGAAAAACAAAGCGUCACAAUUCCUUGUGAAGCCACUGGCUUCCCACAACCUGUGGUCACAUGGUCUAAAAAUGGGCGCCUGAUAGAGGACAAAACAAAGCAGUCUAAGAAAAGGAAUUUGGAAAUAAGCGAAAUGAAGUUUGAGGACCGUGGCAUGUACACCUGCACAGCAGAGAAUCUGUUGGGAAGAGUCGAGUUAUCAGUGAACAUUACAAUAAGAGUACCAGCAAAAUUUAUCUCUGAGCCUAAGCGUUCUGUGACAGCCUACAAGACAUGGGACAUGACUCUGAAAUGCGACAUCUUUGGUUUUCCCUCCCCUGUAAUCACGUGGACGAGAUCAAGGGAUCAACUGCCUAUCAACAGAAACGUCAUUGAUGGUAAUCAACUUACGAUUAAGAACACAAAGAAGGAAGAUGGUGGAGCAUAUGUCUGCCAGGGGGCUAAUCCGCUGAGAAAUGUGAUGGCUGUGUUAUGGAUCGUGGUCAAAGAUGUCGUAAAUCCGUAUAUCGUCUCCAGUCCUCCUAGUGAAAUUCAGGUACAGAAUGUUGGUGAUAAGGUGAGGUUAAACUGCUCUGCUGGUGGGUCGCCAUUACCCAGAGUCACGUGGUUCAAGGAUGGGCGGAAAGUUGAUUCUACAGCAGAGCGGGACGGCAACAAUCUGAUUAAAACCGAAUUUGUUAUUGAUCGCUUCCAACCUGGUGACGCUGGUUUAUACAAAUGCUCUUUUUAUAAUGAAAAGAAUGCGACAACAGAAGCCACUGUAAAACUUAUUUUAGUUAAUUGCGGUGAUCCCGGUUCUGUAUCUAACGGACACAAACGUGGCUCCCGAUACUGGACUGGGGAAUCUGUGUCGUUUACUUGUGAUCCACAAUAUCACCUAGUUGGUCCAAAUAAGAGGACCUGUUUACCGUCCGGUAAUUGGAGUGAAAUACAACCUGAAUGUCGGAGAAUUUGUCCACCGCUGAAAAACCCAAAGUAUGGUCUCAUUUACGGCGGUGAAUUUUGGGAAGGAAAGCAAGUUUCAUUUACUUGUAGGUCUGGUUUUGGACUGAUAGGACCACUACAACGUCGCUGCUUGAUGAACGGUUCAUGGACUGGAAGUCAGCCUGAAUGUAAUGCCGUGUCGGCGCUUUGGAAGGCCUCAACUAUAAUAGCAGGCAAUCUGUAUUACUACAGCAACCUACAUCAGUUUCUGAAACCUGCAGUUGGAAGUCAUCCUCAGUGGCUGCUGUGUUACCGUGCCUCUACUCACGGUUGGUCGGUCAGUACUUUCCACAAAAGGUGUGAUGGGAGACCUCACACAGUCACUAUCGUAAAAGCAGGGCAGUACGUGUUUGGAGGAUACACUGACAUUCCAUGGGAGUCAAGUGGUGGGUACACCAGCACUCCAAAUGCUUUCCUAUUUUCUCUUCGCAAUGAAGAAGGACUAGCGCCAUUUAAAAGCAUCGUAAAAAGGCCAUCGUACGCAAUACACAGGCAUUCCAGCAUCGGUCCGUUGUUUGGUACCGGUCAUGAUAUCUACAUCGCGGACAAUGCCAAUAGCAAUCGUAAUUCCGAAGCCAAUUUUGGUCAUGGCAAUGUUUAUUCCGUUCCAAGUGGUGUGCAAAACAAACAAACCUUACUGGCAGGUAGUAACCCCUUCACACCCGAUGAAUGGGAAGUGUUUUACCUAGGAUAA